UCCCUGCCUCCCCCACUUGGCGUACACACCCCCAGCACACCACGUGGGCGUGAGGCGAGGAAGGAAGGGGUGUUAGGCUGAAUUCUAACUUCAUUGGUUGUCGCUGCUGCCGGCUUUCGCAAAGAAGCGCUCUGAUUGGUCGGAUUGGGGAAGGUUUGUGGUCCUGAAGCCUUGGGAGUUGUCACAGGCUAAAGAGAAGGGAUCUCAGUCCCUAGGAAGGGUCGCCCUCCUAGAGAUAGCUACCGCUCUAUCUCAGGAGACACUGGUGUUUCUAGAGCAGGCUUUGCUUUCAUCAAAACCAAGGAGGUGACACGAGGAGUCCCUGCACAGGACCUAAUGAUGCUGUGAUCAGAAGAUGGGAUCACGGAACAGCAGUAGCGCAGGAACUGGGUCCGGAGACCCCUCCGAGGGCUUGCCCCGAAGAGGGGCUAGCCUGCGUCGGAGUGAGGAAGAGGAAGAGGAGGAUGAAGAUGUGGAUCUGGCCCAGGUACUGGCCUAUCUCCUCCGCAGAGGCCAAGUGAGGUUGGUGCAGGGAGGAGGUGCAGCAAAUUUACAACUCAUCCAGGCCCUCUCAGACUCGGAGGAAGAGCAUGACAGUGCCUGGGAUGGCCGUCUUGGGGACCGAUACAACCCACCUGUGGACGCAACUCCUGACACCCGGGAGCUGGAAUGCAAUGAGAUCAAGACACAAGUGGAAUUGGCCACAGGGCGGCUGGGGCUUAGACGGGCAGCCCGGGAGCACAGCUUUCCUCAAAUGCUGCACCAGAGAGAACGGGGCCUCUGCCACCGGGGAAGCUUCUCCCUUGGAGAACGGUCUCGAAUGAUGUCUCACUUCUUGCCCAACGAUCUGGGUUUCACUGAUACCUACUCUCAGAAAGCUUUCUGCGGCAUCUACAGCAAAGAUGGUCAGAUCUUCAUGUCUGCUUGCCAAGACCAGACAAUCCGACUGUAUGACUGCCGGUAUGGCCGCUUUCAUAAAUUCAAGAGCAUCAAGGCCCGGGAUGUAGGCUGGAGCGUACUGGAUGUGGCCUUCACCCCUGAUGGGAAUCACUUCCUAUAUUCCAGCUGGUCUGAUUACAUUCAUAUCUGCAACAUCUACGGGGAGGGAGACACACACACUGCCCUGGAUCUAAGGCCAGAUGAGCGUCGCUUUGCUGUCUUUUCCAUCGCUGUCUCCUCAGAUGGACGGGAAGUGUUAGGAGGGGCCAAUGAUGGCUGCCUAUACGUCUUUGAUCGAGAACAGAACCGGCGCACCCUUCAGAUUGAGUCCCAUGAGGAUGAUGUGAAUGCAGUGGCCUUUGCUGACAUAAGCUCCCAAAUCCUGUUCUCUGGGGGUGAUGAUGCCAUCUGCAAAGUGUGGGAUCGACGCACCAUGCGGGAGGAUGACCCUAAGCCCGUGGGUGCACUGGCUGGACAUCAGGACGGCAUCACCUUCAUUGACAGCAAGGGUGAUGCCCGGUAUCUCAUCUCCAACUCCAAAGACCAGACCAUCAAGCUCUGGGAUAUCCGACGCUUUUCUAGUCGGGAAGGUAUGGAAGCCUCACGGCAGGCUGCCACACAGCAAAACUGGGACUACCGCUGGCAGCAGGUACCCAAAAAAGCCUGGCGGAAACUGAAACUCCCAGGAGACAGCUCCUUGAUGACCUACCGGGGCCAUGGGGUGCUGCAUACCCUUAUCCGUUGCCGAUUCUCCCCCACCCAUAGCACCGGCCAGCAGUUCAUCUAUAGUGGCUGCUCUACUGGCAAAGUUGUCGUGUACGACCUCCUCAGCGGCCACAUCGUGAAGAAGCUGACCAACCACAAGGCCUGCGUGCGUGACGUCAGCUGGCACCCCUUUGAGGAAAAGAUUGUCAGCAGUUCGUGGGAUGGGAACCUGCGUCUCUGGCAGUACCGCCAGGCUGAGUACUUCCAGGACGACAUGCCAGAAUCUGAGGAGCCCCUCAGCGCCCCUGCCCCAGUGCCCCACCCCUCUGCAGCCUUUUCCUCACCCCAGUAGACCUGAUCUCCAGCCCCAUACACCGGUGAGCCUCUUACAAGCUCUCUGCCUCCUCCCUUCCAGGGAGAUCUGUGGGGGAAUCCCUGGCAUUGGAUGGGGAGGAGCACAAGCCCAGGCUUUGGGGCCCUAGCUGAGCCCUAGAAGCGCCUCCCCAAGGGGCAGAGUAACUCUGUCUCCUCAUGUGCUCACACCCAGUGGCUUGGGUGUCUAUCUCUGGCCAGGGUUUGGCAGGACUGCCAUUAUCUGGGGUGUGGCCUUUGUCAGCAGGAGAACUGUCCUGAGUGUUUUUAAUCAUGUUUGGAUGUUAAGUGUUAGCUCCUAGAAUAGAUGCCCGGGGCCAGGUCUGAACUGAGCUAUCAGCCAGACCCUUCCCUGGCCUUCAUGUUGAGGAUUAGACUGGCCAAUCUGAGGGCCAGGCAUCCUGGCCCUUCUUCCAGAGGUCCUGAAGGCUAGAGCUCUAGCCGUUUAGGGGAGGGUGGGAUGAGUAAGGCAUAUCAUUAGCACCCUCCUGGGUGGGAAUUAGAUCUUCUCUCUCUAUGUCUGGGUCUUUGGGGUGGGACAGGUUGUGGUGUGAGAGGCUCCAUGUGGCCCCACAUAGGGCAGGCCCUCCCUUCCCAGACUUCCAUCAUGCUGGAGGCCAGCAGCUUCAAGGAGGGAUGUUGAAGUAGGACUCCUUCGUCCUCUCACUGGCUUUGGCUCCCUCAAUAAAUUCUCUGUGGGAACCUGG